AUCAAGGACAUUGGUAGUAUUUUUAAAUGAUUAGUUUUCUGUGUAGAUUUUAGUGCUUAAAGACCGCAAUUCCAAAUUGACUGCUUUCAGUAUAUCAUUUUACGCGGUUGAUCUAUAAUUCAUUACCUGAGCACACCAGGGGAGGCAGUGUCGUGAACUGUACACUGGUAAGCUACUUGGUGACACCAGGCUUUGUAUUUUUAAUGUGUUUAAUUAUAUUUAAAAUCAAGGAAGGCUUAGGGUUGUGCCUGGUUUUCUUUGAAAAUAUGGAUUUGUUAUCUAAGGGUUGCAGUUGAUGACGUUUUGAUGUCAUAUUAAUAUGUUUGCUGCUGCUACCAAGAGCUUUGUCAAGCAAGUUGGAGAUGGAGGGAGAUUAGUUCCUGUUCCAAGCCUCAGUGAGGCUGACAAAUACCAACCUCUAAGUCUGGUGGUAAAAAAGAAGCGAUGCUUUUUCUUUCCCAGAUAUAAAUUUACUUCAACACCUUUUACACUGAAAGAUAUUCUUCUAGGAGACAGAGAAAUUUCAGCUGGUAUUUCAUCUUAUCAGUUACUGAAUUAUGAAGAUGAAUCAGAUGUUUCACUCUAUGGAAGGCGAGGCAACCAUAUUGUGAAUGAUGUUGGGAUUAAUGUCACUGGAUCAGAUUCUGUUGCAGUGAAAGCUUCAUUUGGUGUGGUGACCAAACAUGAAGUGGAAGUAUCGACAUUACUCAAGGAAAUUACUACACGAAAAAUUAAUUUUGACCACAGCUUGAUACGUCAGACAAAAAGCAGCAGAAAGGCAGUAUUGUGUGUGGUCAUGGAAAGCAUUCGAACCACACGACAGUGCUCGCUGUCUGUGCAUGCUGGAAUUCGUGGGGAAGCCAUGCGGUUUCAUUUUAUGGAUGAACAGAAUCCCAAGGGAAGGGACAAAGCUAUUGUUUUUCCAGCACACACAACCAUAGCUUUCAGUGUUUUUGAACUCUUCGUUUACUUGGAUGGUGCCUUUGACCUUUGUGUCACUUCAGUGUCAAAAGGAGGUUUUGAAAGGGAAGAAACUGCAACGUUUGCGCUGCUCUACAGAUUGAGGAAUAUACUAUUUGAGAGAAAUAGAAGAGUGAUGGAUGCCAUUUCUCGUUCACAGCUUUACUUAGAUGAUCUUUUUUCUGACUACUAUGACAAACCUCUCGGCAUGACUGAUAUUUCUCUCAAAGAAGGGACUCAUAUCCGAGUUAACUUACUUAAUCACAACAUUCCAAAAGGACCUUGCAUACUCUGUGGAAUGGGGAACUUCAAAAGGGAGACGGUUUAUGGGUGCUUUCAGUGCUCCGUCGAUGGGCAGAAGUAUGUGAGACUUCAUGCAGUUCCUUGUUUUGAUGUUUGGCACAAGAGGAUGAAAUAAAACAAAAAUAAUGAACGUACCUUGCUAGUGUUUUAGGUGCACCUGUGCCACACACCUUUCCAAAAUUUUCUAGGUUUGCUUUGAUGAAUUGUGGCAAAGUAAAGAGGGAGAGGAAAGAGAAAUUAACCUGUUUGGGCAUCAUUUUCUUCAGCGAUAAAAGGGAAGAUAAUAGUUUCUAUCCUAUAAAUUGCCAUAAAGGUUAAUAUUGUUUAUGUGAAAAAGGUUUAAAUAUUCAAAACAUAGCGAUUCCUUCAUAAAAUCUGCCAGUUACUUUAGAAGUAUACUUGGGAAUUCAGUCUAUCAUCUUAACUUUACACAGCGAUUUUUCUCAAUAUCAAUUUUGGUUUUAAUUGGCUUUUAAGUCAACAUUUAAGAAUGACAAGAGGUUAAAUGUGGUGACUUUAUGGUGCCUUACCCACUGCCUUAGGUCUGGUAAAAUGAGAAAAAUGUGUUAAUAAUUUAAUGUAAUCCUAAAUAUUUAAUUGCGGUAUCAAAUUAAAAGCACACUGAGCUCAGUGUGGGGUUUUGUGUACACAGUUAACAGGGAGACUGUUAGUGGUAAUGGGCUGCUGUCCUGUAUCAUACACAUGCUCCCUAGUUUUGUCUUUAUAAAAACUCACUGCUGUCAAGGUAAGGCAGCUAGAAAAAAAAAAUAGUUAAGGCAACUAGGACACCUUUAUCUUUUGCCUUUGAAAAUGUUUAAAAUAUUUAACAUAUUUAGUUCUGAGAGCUCAUUUUCAUCUACUCUGUAAGACAUCUGAAAUUUUUCAUACACAGACAACCUAAAUUAUUAAUUUACUCGACACCCUUAUUAAAAUAAUUGCAAAAGUGAUGUUAAAAUUCUAGAACUCAAAAUGUAGUGAUACUAGGUAUCUACUCGUAUAUGCCUGUGAAAGCAUAAAACAAUCAUGAAAAUAUAAAACAUCUGAUGCCUGUCUGCACGUAGAAUGAUUAAAAUGUUACUGUUUAUUUAAAUGUGACUAGGGUUUUUGAAUCAAUCUUCAUUUAAUAUCAUCUAUAAAUUUUAAAAACAGAAGUUUAAAAGCACUUUGAAAACAAUGGGACAGGAUAGAAUUGUGAAUAGUUUGUAUAAAGGGAUGAUUUCCUUGUAUAUCUUCCUUCCACAGCAUUUUUGUUUUGAGCAGAAUAUAUGAGUCAAGUGCAAAUACGAGUAUACUGAUGGCAAAAUAUUCUAGUGACUUUUUUUGUAUGGAUACAGAUAAUGGGAGUCAUUUCCAGUGGAGGUUUUCCUGAGGGAAGUCAAAGAACAAGAAUUCGCGAUUAGCAAGUAAAGAGUUUACAAAACUGGGUACAGGCAUGAAGA